UUAUUCUCUAAUUCUCAAGUGACUCACAACGCGUCUCGUGUUUUCUCGGGGAGAUUUACUCGCGCGCAGUUUAAUUGCCCAGAGGAGAACAAAAUUGGCGGGUCGUCAACUAACAAAUUCACUUCUACGUUUCUGUGCAGAACCGAAACACAGAGUCAAAACCAUUCCGAAGCCGAAAAAGUUUUUAUCGCGAGUUUCGACCUCGACGUGAAAGUUUCCAGCGCUGCGUGCACUUGGAUAUAUAAUACCGAAUACAGAGUGUAGAGUGAUAUGGCGAAUGUGAAGAUAGUGGAGUCCAAGCUGGACAUAUUCCACGCACCGCAGACCCAUUCCUUGGCCCAUGCCGUGGAAUCAUCCUUUACGGCGGAACGGGGAACUCUCGCCUGGCAGUUUGCCCUGAUCUACGGGGAUGUGGAUGAACUACGGCAAAGAAGGGUUUCCAGAGGCAACUGUGCCGUUCUGGAGCACAAUUCCCGAUUCGUAUACUAUCUGGUGACCAAGUCGAGUCUCUACGAGGCCAGCACUUAUGACGAUGUCCAGGCAGCUUUGAUCUGCAUGCGGGAACAUAUGCGCAACCACGAGAUCACCAAAGUGGCCAUGCCCCGAAUCUGCUGCGGCAACGAUGGCCUCGACUGGAAACAAGUGAAGCGUCUGGUGCAGCAGACCUUCUACCAGAGCGAGUAUCCCAUCGAGAUACUCAUCUGUGAGCACGAAGACAUGUCCAAGGAGCUGGCUGCUCCCAAGUGUCAGAUUACGGAGGCCAGGGGGAACCUGUUCAGUGCGCCAGAGAACUACGCCUUGGUGCACUCCGUCAGUGCGGAUUUCGCGAUGUGCGCGGGCAUAAAUCUGCAAUUCCGCUGCAAAUUCGGCCAAGUGGAUGAACUGAAGCGUCAACACAAGCACACCGGGAAUGUGGCAGUCCUGGAGCAGGAUGGUCGAUAUAUCUACAACCUGGUGACCAAGGAGCGCAGCCAUGAAAAGUGCACUUACACAGCUCUCUACUACGCGUUGCUGGCCAUGCGGGAACAUAUGCGCGAGCACGGAGUGACCAAGUUGGCCAUUCCCAGACUUGGAUGCGGCAUCGACCGUUUAGAUUGGCUGCGUGUGCGGAGUCUGCUGGAUCUGGUUUUCGCCGAGGACAGCGUGGACAUCAUUGCCUUCUUCUACACUCCGCCACAAAUGGUUAAGGACACGUUGAACGUGGUUUGUCCCACCUGCCGGCACAUGAAGACCAUCCAUUUGCCGUCGAGAUCCGUCAGCGGAUCAAGGAAUUCGCUUCAUCGCGAAAAGACUCCCUUUUAACGGAACGGAAAACUAUAUAUAACCAACUAUGUUUGACACUCGAAAUGGUUUUGCUUGGGACUUGUGGCACCGAAUGCACCAAAUACUUAUAUAGUUAAUAAGAACGUUAAACCUAAGAGCUUUUUAUAGCACACAAAGUUUAUAUACUUGGGUAUUUAUACUGUAUUUAAUGUAUUAAUAAAUAAAAAAAACGGCCUCCAGAGGAGAUUAACCAA